GCCAUGUACCUUCUAAUAAGAUUUUGUUCGAUGAAGAUACAAUCUCAUGCAUCUCAUCUGAAGAUGAGACCAAUGGAUUCUAUCUUUCUAAUCUUUUCGGGUACAAAUGCAUUAAUGUUCGAAGAUAUUACGAAGGGAUCUUCGAAAUAUUCGAACCUAAGAAAUUAGAGAGAAAAAUAGAAGAUCAAUGGGAAAUCACUGAAACAGAAUCAUCACAAUUUGGAGAAUCUUCAGAGAUUGGUUCUAUCAAAGAGUACCGGAUGAAGUUAAAGCUUGGAGUUGGCAACAAUGAGUCCAGGAAUGACUCCGCUCCUGUUCAUUUAAACUUAAAUAAGAUUAAUACUCAUGAUGAGGGAAGACUACCUAUAAAGGCUGUUGUAAAGUCAUUCUCAAAAUCUCCAUCCUCAUUUAUUCUCAAAGAUAACCUGAUGAAUGUGAAUAUAUCGAAAAUGGUUGAAUCAAACAGUGAUGGAUCUUCAAUUGUACUUCCAAGAGACCGAUGGAUGAACAAGUAUACAAAGAGGAAUAAGUUACACACUUUCUAUUCUUCGAUGCCUAGGCACAAGACGAUCGAGUCUGUGUCAGCUUCGUCCAUUUCCUCAAGCCUAUCACAAAACGGCUCGCUAAUUAUUGAAAAAUAGACCAGCUUGGAAGAUGAUAGAUGUUCUUAAGAACUCCCCAAUCCUAAAAAACACUCUUCUCGGAAGAAUGUUGAACCUGAAGAAACGGGAGAAAGUAAAAUUCUUCCGUCAGAAAUCCUUACUGAGAAAAAUAGCGACUGAAUCUAAAUUUACUAAGACAGCCAAAAACUUAAUCUAUGAUGCUGAGAAAUAGUGAUGAGAGUGAUAGCUGGGUUAAUAAUAAUCAGUACGAAGAAAAGAUAGUCGAAGAGACAGAGUACUCCUGUAUUUCUCCAAUGGUUAGACGAGAUUUCGACCUGGAGUCCGAGCCACUUGAAGAAAGCAAGGCUAAUCAGGACAUCAUUGAAUCCCCUUGCCAUUUAUUCACAAAUGGAGUGAUUCAAGAGAUGGAGGAGGAAACUGAAGGAAAAUAAUGAUGCUUUAGAAGUAAAUAUCAGCAAAAUCCGAACGAUGGAGAGGUAUAAUACUCCAAAUAUUAACAGAACCAAACUUGUCAACGAUCAGAAUGUGUUUAAAAAGUCCUCUACUAAUAUGAAGAUGGCAGAUAAGAAGAAAUUCCUACCUUAUAAGAAGCCAAAGAGGAAAAUCAAUAUGAAGAAGCUUAGGAAAUUAGUAAAGAAAAGUCGAGUCUUAAUGAACACUGAAGAUAUUAGGCUUGGACAGCAUCAGAAGUUAGAAAAGACACAGAAAGAGUAUGCAAAACUACUCCUAUUUAUUAUUGGGCAAGGAGAAGCAAGCAGACUGAUAGACUUCCUAGAGGGUGCAGCCCUCAUACAAAGCUCAGCCAUCAACCAACCAGAUGAAGAUGGGAAUACUCCCUUUAGCGUAGCAUGUCAGAAUGGAGACUCUGAGAUUGUUGAAAUCUUAAUAAAAGCUGGAGCUGAACUAAACACACAGAAUAAUAAAGGAAAUACCCCUCUACAUUAUGCCUGCACGUACAAUUUCAUUCGAGUCAGAAAUCUGCUGAUUAAGAAUGGAGCAAAUGAGACUAUUAAGAAUCACGGAGGCAGGAUCCCCUGGGAGGGAAUUUAA